AUGGCUCCUUCCUCCAGACACUCCAGCAGUCUGGGGCAAAUCAUUGAGUACAUUCCCGACCGAUUGUACCUUGCAUCCUACUCUGAACCUCCUACCGAGCAUACCUUGUUUCCCUACCCGGAUCCCGAACCACGGUCUCCGCGGAAGCGCUCUCAACGAACAGUCGACCAGGUCGCGGAGCGUAAGAAGCCAUACUACUUCACCGUCGACGACACUCUUCUGUACAAUGCCUUCCACCACGAUUUUGGCCCGUUCCACAUCGGCCACCUUUACCGCUUUGCCCUGCAGUUCCACGAGAUCCUUGGAGCCAAGGAGAACAAAGACAGACCGGUAGUGUUCUGGAGCAGGGCCGACCCACGCAGUCGUGCCAAUGCCUCUUGUCUACUGGCUUGCUACAUGGUUUUGAUCCAGUCAUGGCCUCCGCAUCUGGCACUUGCCCCGGUCGCCCAGGUCGACCCCCCUCUUAUGCCGUUCAGAGACGCCGGCUACAGCCAGGCUGACUACGGCAUCACGGUUCAGGAUGUGGUUUACGGUGUUUGGAAGGCCAAGGAAGAGGGCUGCUGCGUGUUGGAGACAUUCGAUCUCGACGAGUAUGAAAAGUUUGAGAGGGUUGAGCACGGCGACUUCAACUGGAUUACACCCAACUUCCUGGCAUUUGCCUCUCCUCAGCAUACCCCGGUUGCUCCCACACCCGAGGGGACCGAACAGUGGUCGCUUCUACCCAAGACUCUCAGCGCUGUCGACGCUCACCCUACGCUGCCGCAGCCCUUCAAAAAUGUCCUUAGACAUUUCUCGGAGCGAAACAUCGGUCUUGUCGUCAGGCUGAACUCACAGCUCUAUAAUCCCUCCUACUUCGAAGCCCUAGGAAUUAAUCACAUCGACAUGAUAUUUGAGGACGGAACUUGCCCGACCCUUUCGACGGUACGGAAGUUUAUCCGCAUGGCCCACGAGACCAUCUCCAGGAAAAAGGGCAUCGCUGUUCACUGCAAAGCUGGUCUCGGCCGUACAGGCUGCCUAAUUGGUGCCUAUUUGAUCUACCGACAUGGCUUUACAGCAAACGAGGUCAUUGCUUACAUGCGCUUCAUGCGCCCCGGCAUGGUCGUUGGACCUCAGCAGCACUGGCUGCAUCUGAACCAGGGCGUCUUCCGGGAGUGGUGGAUUGAAGAGCGCGUUGAGCGGAGGCUGCGCAAAGAGAUGGCGGCUGCGGCUGCGGCCGCGCAGGCCAACGGAACCGCGCACCCGAGCACCCCUAUUCGUGCCACUGUCCAAAGACAAGCCUUGGCCGUAGCUCUAGCAAGAACGGCGUGUCCACACCCUCUAACAGAGGAUCCAUUCGAACACCGCUGGGCGAGAUCGAUCAGGACUCGGCGCGUGACAAUCAUAUUGGUGUACAAGAGGAUUAUCUCCCUGCACCUACGCCGGGACAGCCAAGGAAGACGCAGCGGGGCGCAAUAG